UCCAGUCUGUUGUCAGUGUCAAUUAGCAGAAGUGAUAUCAGCUGCACUUAAAAGAGGCAGCAAGUGUUUGAGGAAGUUUUCCUGAUCAGCACACAGAUGGCUUCCAGGUUUGGCAGGAGGAGGGCAGGAAGGCAUUCUGAAUACUCAGAUGCUCAUCAGCUCUGGGAUCCAGUUCCCAACUCUUUGAAUGAGCUUGCUCAGAGCGCCCCCUGGUGGACUAACAAAGAAGCGCCUCAAGAAGAAGCCCACUUAGUCAGAGAGCAGCUGAAAGAGAUGGAUGAACAUGUGGCCAGGCUUCAGGGCAUGCUGAAAUCUGAGCAGGCCAAAUGCUCUCGUCUACAGCUGCGGUGUAACCAGCAAGAUGUCGAGCUGAGGCGUCGAGAGCAGCACAGCAACAGACUAAAGGAGAGACUUUCACAGCUGCCUGACAGACACAGAGACAGAGGACCAUCCAUUGAGGUGUUGAACUUCCCACCUGGAAGGCGAUGCAGAAGAGAAGAGUCAAAGAAAUCGUUCAGGUCGACUGCAAAUUUUAGACAAGAAGAGGCCAUGUGUCUGAUGUUGGAGCGCAGAGAAGCAGAACUCAGAGAGGCGAUGAAGCUUCGCCACAGCCUCACCACUCUACUGCAUGCACUCAGAGUCGACAUGGAGCGUACCCUGUCAGAUGUGGUGAAUGUUCAGGAUGAGACCCAAACUGAAGUAGACGGGAGGCUGGAUCAGGCUGAGGCAGCACUAGGAGACCAUGUGACAGGAGGUGUGGUUCAGGGUUGGAGGCAUGUGCAGAGGAGACUGUGUGAUAUCCUUCCUGAAGGCCUUUCUGGUGCUGGUACCGACCAUGACAAACUCCUGGCUCAACUAGAAACUGAACUGAAUCAGAGCCAGCAGCUUGUAAGAUUACAACAGCAGCUCCUGCAGGACAGCCUUGUUUCGCCCAUCCCCUCUGAACUUGCUGAUUCCUACUUUUUGGAGGAGUGGGGGCGUCUUCAGCUGCACUGGGCAGAGCUGGAUCAUCAGAGGAAGACUUUUGAGAGGGAGAGACAGUCCUUCACUGAUGCUGCCAUCCGUCUUAGUCAUGAGCGGCGUGAUUUUGAGCAUCAGAAGGCCUCUUUCUUGAAGCAGCAGUAUCUGUGUGACUCACCUGUGUUUAAAAAAGGAGCUCAGUGCAGCAGCAGGAGAGACACCUCUUCUCUAGAUUUCUCCAUUGUGGGGCCCACCAGUGUGUCUGGCUGUCUUGCAAUUACUCCUUCCUCUGCUGAGUCUGGGGCCACAGGAUUAAACCAGGGAACAGUCAGAGUUCAGAGCCCAAGCACUCCUGAGCUCUACUCUGUCCUCAAUCUGUCAUACAACGGCGGAUCUGGAGAAGUGGAUCAUCAGCCUGCGUUGUGGGACAGCAGAGCAAACAGGAUGGUUCACACACCACACGCUCCAAACUCAGACUGGUCGUUUUAACAUUUCUUUUAUAACGGCUUUGUAUUUAAAACAUACUUCACAUUUUUCUUAAAUGUAAAUAAAGACUGAUUAUUUUAA